AAACGACUACGUUUGGUUAGGCAACAAUAGUUGGGUUUUUCUUCUCGUGGGAUUUGUCGGAGCAACCAAACUGCGCAAAAGGUAAUUUGAUGGGGAAGCAGAGCGAGGCGUCGGCGAUGGAAAUCGACAACUCAAAGCCCAACGUUGCCGAUCAAAUCAGCCCCAAAUUCUCAAUCAACGUGUUGCAGCUCUUGAAAUCUGCUCAGAUGCAGCAUGGAUUGCGGCAUGGAGAUUACACUCGCUAUCGGAGGUAUUGCACGGCUCGUUUGAGGAGAUUGUGCAAAUCACUCAAGUUCACCCAUGGCCGUGGUAAAUACACCCGAAGAGCCAUAACUGAAUCAACUGUGACUGAAGUUAGGUAUCUUCAUCUCGUUCUUUAUACGGCAGAGAGAGCUUGGAGCCAUGCCAUGGAGAAGAGACAGCUUCCAGAUGGUCCAAAUGCACGUCAGCGCAUCUAUUUGAUUGGUAGGAUGAGGAAGGCUGUUAAAUGGGCUACUCUGUUUUCUCAGUUGUGUGCAAUCAAGGGAGAUUCCAGAACAUCAUUAGAAGCUGAGGCUUAUGCCUCCUAUAUGAAAGGAAACUUGUUGUUUGAACAAGACCAGAACUGGGACACAGCAUUGAUGAAUUUCAAAAGUGCCAGGGCUGUUUAUGAGGAACUUGGCAAAUAUGGAGACCUAGAGAAUCAAGUUUUGUGUCGAGAGCGCGUUGAGGAGCUAGAGCCUAGUAUUCGUUACUGCCUACACAAAGUUGGUGAAUCAAAUUUACAAGCCUCUGAACUUCUACACAUCGGAGAGAUGGAAGGUCCUGCCCUGGAUCUUUUCAAAGCUAAAUUGGAGGCUGUUAUGGCAGAGGCAAGAUCUCAACAAGCUGCUUCCAUGACGGAGUUUCAUUGGCUUGGUCACAGGUUUCCAAUAUCCAAUGCAAAAACUCGGGUUGCCAUUUUAAAAGCUCAAGAAUUGGAGAAAGAGUUACAUGAUCCAGCAGCAGAUUCACUCCCAGCAGAGAAAAGACUAGCCAUCUUUGACAAAAUUUUUACUGCAUAUCAUGAGGCCAGGAGCUGCAUUCGUAGUGACUUGGCCAGUGCAGGUAAUGCUGAAAACGUGAAAGAUGACUUAAAUGGUCUUGAUAAAGCUGUUAGUGCUGUAUUAGGACAAAGAACCAUUGAGCGCAACCAGUUAUUGGUUAGCAUUGCAAAGAGUAAACUCUCUAGGCGUCGUGACGACAAAAAUGAGAAAGUUACUAAACCUGAAGAGCUUGUUCGCUUAUAUGAUCUCUUGUUACAGAAUACAGCUGAUCUUUCAGACUUAGUCAAUUCUGGAAGAGAUAGAAAACCAGAAGAAUUGGCGUUUUCUGAAGAGUGUGCACUCAAAAGUUUGUCCUUCCGAGCAGAAAGGUGCUUCUACUUGGCAAAAUCUUACAGCUUGGCUGGAAAGAGGGCGGAAGCCUAUGCAUUAUACUCCCGUGCUCGAUCUCUUGCUGAGGAUACCCUACAGAAAUUCCAAACUUUGAAUGAGAGUGAUCAGAUAAUCAAAGAAUUGAAGAUGUUGUGUGACGAGUGCAGAUCUAACAGUUGUAUAGAGCAUGCAAAAGGGAUCAUGGAGGAGGUGAAGGCUCCAGAGAAUCUCUCAAAAAGAAUCUCUAAUAUGUCAUUAACAGUAGCUGACAAGAAGCUGGAGAAAUUCCUUCUUGAGAAACUGGACAGUUAUGAGUCAGCAGUUGGUGAUUCAAAUGUCAAAGCUGUUUCGCGCAUUGAAGUCUUCCCUCCUGCCUUCCAAGCAAUCCCUCGCAAUCCGAUUGUUCUUGACCUUGCCUUCAAUUAUAUCGAUUUCCCAUCUCUUGAGAAUAGGAUGAAGAAAGACAAGAAGGGCUUCAUAAGUAGGCUAUGGCGAUGAAUUAUCGUUCGGUCCGGUUAUACUAGAUUCACAUUUGAGGAAUUCCUGCAACUGUAUUUAAAGCCUUGACAUGGAUUGAGAUUUUUUCCCCUGAAUUUUGGAACAUUGUGCAAUGAAAUUUUUGGGCUUUUUA